AUGAUCUGGAUGAGCGAUGUUGAUAAGCUCAUAUGCUCGCUGGCGCAGACUCUUUCCAAACAGACUGGCAAUACCAUACUCUGUUACUACAUAAAGUCACAAAAAAUCCACAAAGAACUAAACUUGAAAGCAACACCGUCGCCCUUCGUUGCGACCCGGGGCCUCCGCGCCGUUCGGUGCUUCGAAUGCCUGCGCUCGUCGCGCCUGCAGAUGCCGCAGUCUCCGCCGCCGCGUCUUGUUAAGCUAAUUGUUUUAUUAUUGGUAAUAGAGCGCGGCAUUCGUGGCGAGGGCGAGAUCUCACGUUCCCCGGUUCAACACAGACACCUCGCACAGUUCUUGCUGGCUUCUUCACGAACUCGGACCGUCUCCCUCUCCCACUCUUCUGUACAUCAUCCCCCACCACUUCUGUUGACGACCAGUUGA